AUCCCACAACCACAAACCCCUUUUCUUUUUCCUAUUUCAGCUUCAGUUUCAGUCUCUCUAAGCCCCAAAAGCUCACCGAUUCCGUUCACUCUCUCUAGAACAUUCUCCGCCACUCCCUUGAAAAAUGACGGACUCCGACGGAACCGCCACCGCGCCGCCGAAGCAAUCGGAAGACAAGAUGAUGCUGCCGCCGGCCCCAUCACCGGCCAGAAGCAGUCAUCUCAGCAUUUGGCCCCCUUCGCAGCGCACCCGCGACGCCGUGAUUUCUCGCUUAAUCGAGACCCUGUCCACUCCCUCCGUCCUCUCCAAGCGCUACGGCACGAUUCCGACCGACGAGGCCGCCGAAGCUGCUCGCCGCAUCGAGGAGGAAGCCUUCGCCGCCUCCAGCCACUCCACUACCCCCGAGGACGACGGGCUCGAAAUCCUCCAGCAGUAUUCCAAGGAAAUCAGCAAGCGGAUGCUGGAAACCGUCAAGGCUCGGGCCGGGUCCGACACUGCCCCGAACAACAUUGCUCCGGCGACUCCUCCUCUUGAUGUGCCGCACCCCGCUGAUUCUGCUGCCGAAGAAGUUCCGGCUUCUGACGAGGCUGCCGCUUGAACUUGUUAGCAACUUUUAACUUCUAUGUGGUAUCUGUGUUGUCGAUAUUUAUGUUCUUCAACUGAUAGGGGCAACUGGAGCUUUUCAGAGAAUCAGAGUUUUUUCCCGUUGUUUGUUUGGAUUUUUGGUACUCUUGUCCGCUAUGUUGAUUCACUGCACAGCCAUGAGCCAUCUGUUAGGCUUAUGAUUUUCCUAGUGCUCCUUUCGCAUUACCAGUUGCUUAGCAGUAUAUCUUUACGUACAAUUAGGGCUCGUCGCUACUUUCUGCAGUAACGAAACUAAUGGUGUAUACUCGGAUGGUAAUCGUGUCCAGUGAGUCGUAGUGGUUGCCUGUUGGUAUUUUGGGUUUCACAGGUUGACGUUAACAACAAAUUAAAAGAUUUCGCCCGAGUCUCUGUACCAUGUGUUAAAUUGUGUAUGUGGGUGGGGAUUACACACCCAUUAAUAGGAACUAAGACUUACCGGUU